AUGCACGUUAAAGAGGGAAAAAGAUCUGAAGGUGGGUUCCAUUUCUAUAGUCAAUGUUUUGCAGGUACAUCAAAAGAAGGUGGACUAGUUGAUGUAGAGAUAACUGAAAGAGGUUUACAAAAAGAAGGAAGAAUAGAGCCUAAUCUUGGGCAGAAAGAGAAAGACAAUGAGGCGUUUUCAGGCCCUGAGUUUCAUAAGGCAACUGAGCCUUAUAAGCCUCAUAUUCCGUUCCCUAACAGAUUGAAAGAAAGCAAACAGGAUAAGCAAUUUUUUGAAAUUUUUGAUAUACUUUCUAAAGUUAACAUUAAUUUGCCCUUGUUGGAUGUGAUCAGGAAUAUACCAGCUUAUGCUAAGUUCUUUAAGGAACUGAAUUCCAAUAAGAGGAGAUAUGGAAACAAUGAAAAAGUUAUGGUGUCUGAAACAGCAAGUGCAAUUCUCCAACAACAGUUACCUCCUAAGAUGAAAGACUGUGGGAGCUUUACCGUUGAUAUUACAAUGGGGGACAAAAAGGUUGCUAAAGCCAUAUUGGAUUUGGGAGCAAGCAUCAAUUUGAUGCCAUAUUCAACAUAUGCACAACUUGGCUUAGGAGAAUCGAAGCCAACCACCAUGUCUCUACAACUAGUUGAUAUGUCAAUUAAAUAUCCAAGAGGCAUAAUGGAGGACUUGCUGAUUCAGGUAGGAAAACUGAUAAUCCCUGUUGACUUUGUGGUUCUAGACAUGGAAGGUACAUCAGCAAGGGAUAAGGAGCAAACAAUACUUCUUGGUAGACCUUUCAUGGCAACUACCAAGACACUUAUUGACGUGCACAAUGGGAAGUCGACUAUAGCGGUCUUGGGAGGCCUUAGAAUUUAA